AUGCCUGUAGCGCUUGGCGACGAGAUGCAUUAUCCGCCACUGUCCUUUAUCGCGGCGUCUGCUGUGGCUGUUCCUCCGGUUGCAUCGGCUCCUGCACGGGCGGCUGCGGCGAUGUCGCCGAAUCACGCUCCGUUGCCUGCUCCUCCCGCUGCGCCGGCUCCUGCGACUGUUGUGGCGCAUCCUCCUGCUGAGAAGUCUGCUCUUGCUGUUCCGCCGUCAGAGGUGCCGAGCCUCGCGGCGCCACCUGGUGUGUCCGCUCCCGCUGCUGCGCCUGUUCCCCUCGGUCUCUCUGCUGCGCCGGGAGCGCCCGCUCCCCCUGGGGAGUUUGCUGCUCCCCCUGCAUCUGUCCCUGACGCCCCCGUUGUUCCGGCCGCUUCUGUCCCCGUCGCGCCUGCGCCGGAAUCUGCUUCGUCGCCGAAGGCGGCGUCCGCCACCACUGGCGGCCCUGCCCCGAUGGUCGCGCCUCCGGCCGUGGACUCGACUGCACCUGUUGUGCCGCCGACGGCCCCGGGGGCGCAGACGUCUCGUCCUCCGUCGCCGGACCGCCGCCAAUCCCGCCCCCAUUCUCCCGCGCCUCAGCAGGAGCGCGAGUCGUCGCGGCGCCAGCGAAACUCUCCUCGGCGCUACCAGCAGCAGGCCCAGUGGCCUGGUCACCCCGGUGGCAAUGGGGGCUGGAGGGGUCCCCGCGGGCGUGGUGGUGGCGGGGCAUACCGCCCGCCCGUAACAAUGGCUGAUCUUCAGCGGGAAGUGUCGAGGGCGGUGCGCGAGGAGAGGGCGGCACAAAGCCAGAGUAGUUCGCUGCGCGCCGCACCGGCGCAUGUGGAUCCUCGUCAGGCUCUGCCUCCCGUGGGCCUUGCACCUGCUGCUGCGCUUCCUCCUCAUCCUCAUGCCCCAUCGCCUCCCGCUCCUGCUGCCUCUGCCGCUGCUCCUGGCUCGCGUCUCCGCCUGUGGCGGGUGUGGAGUUCGUGGCUGCUGGUGGUGGGGCGGCGGGGGCGCAGGACACCCCUUAUCCUGCUGCGGACGACCCGCUUCCCUUCUUGGCGGUGGCGCUUCAGCCACCGCAGACCCGUGCCGCGCGAGACCUGUCUGGACGCGGCGGACCAGCUCGCGCAGCUGCUGGCGCCCGCGUUGGCUGCGCCCGCAGAGGGUGGCGCUGCGGCUGUGGGACAGCUCGACGAGGCUGUCCGGGGUUUAAGGCGGUACUUGCGCGCUGGAUCUGGAGCCGCGGCGAUCGGCGCAAGUACGCUGGUGGUCCGGGAGCUGUGGCGGACCUUAACUGGCAUUCUCCAUGCCCUUGGAGCUCACCGGAUGUAG